AUCGUCUGCUGUCUUUCAGAAAAGCGGUUCACCGCCAUUAACGCAACAAAAACAUGAACAUUUGUCCUUAACUGCUUUGUGUUGUAUCACUUUGAAUGAAUACAUCUCAUGUGCUGAAUGUUUUUAGUCAAGCAUUAUGAUGAAAAAACUACCACGCUUUCCAGUCAAAAUGGAUUGGACGUCAAGCACCGUCAAGUGCACUUCCGCGGCGAGAGGGGAUGACGGGGUGAGGCGCCGUCCUCCGAUGUCUGAUCCCGGGAGGAGGUUACAGCCAGCGUUGUCUGAGGAGGAUGACCGAAGUGGCGGGUGCAGUUUCGGGGCGAUGCUUCGAGGGCUGUGGCUGAUGGAGGACAGCGUCUGCUGGCUGCCAUUCAGCAGAAACACUUUCUAAAAAUACCUUCGAAUGGAAAAGGGAAGUGGCAAAAGUUACCAAGUCGUCUGCUCGCCUCUUUUGGCCUCCGUCUCUCUCAUGGGAAUACGAGGGCAAACAUGUCGUUGCUGCUCCAGCUUUGCUUCGCCACCUGUGUCGCAGGAACAGUAUUUGCCGGUUCUGCUGAGACAGUGGUGGGCACAGAAGGGCGAAGAGUGGUGCUGCCUUGCCGUGUGAUGGCUGCAGAGAGAAGCGGCAUGCACGUGUGCUGGGGGCGUGGCCAGCCAGCUGUCUUCUCCUGCCACAACACCUUGGCCCAUGUGGCGGGCCAGCGUCUGAUCUACAAGAAAUCCUUCAGGUACUCUGUGUCUUGGGACACGAGAGACGCCAACUCUCCCUCGCUCUCCAUCUUCAACGUGCGACCUUCAGAUUCAGGCUUAUACCACUGCCGGGUUGAGCUGCCCGGACCUUUUAAUGAUAAAACCUUCUCUGUUCUCCUCAUCGUCCUAAAACGCGACGGUAACCUGAACGCACCGCCGACUACACAAAGUGUCAACUUGGAAGACGAGGAAGGAAUUGAUGUCACGCAGAGCGUGAUUUGGUGGGAUAGCACAGUAGACGACACAACCGGACCAGUGGUAGCACGGGUUCAGACGCCUGUUGGCAAGAAGGACAGCCCUAAUCUGUGGAUGUUCCUCGGAAACACACUUAGGAGCGCCUUCAUCAUCUUCGUACCCGCAGUGAUACUGACUGCGGCUUACAGAAUCUGGAGGACCAAUCUAAAGGCGCUGACUGACAACCACAGGAGCGAAUCAGAAGAAGUAGAGGCAGACAUGUAUGUGUAAAACUGAAAAGAACCUUAAUUUUGCAUAUCAAUAUCCAUGUUCAGUUCUUAAUCUUGGUUUAUUUUAGUAUAACCCUUUAUAGGACAGUCAUUGAACUUAUUUGUUGCUAUUGACGGCGCUAGACGUCCAAUUCAUUGUGCGCCGUCAAUGGCACGGAAAAAUUAGCAUUCACUGCCAGUUAUCCCACUUUAAAUACAUUAAAAAAGAUGAGAAAAAUCAACUAAAGAUUGUUAUUACAUUAAAUUCUGAAUUUUAUUUUUCUUACAAAAAUAAUAAUGAAAUGAAAAUAAACUUAAAAUUAUAUUUAGACACUUUUUUCUUUGGAUGGGGAGGAAGGUAACUUACGUUUUUCUGUGUUUUACCAGUAGGGAGGACAAGACUUGAUGACGAUACAUUUUUUUCUGUUGCGUUAACAUUUUGUUUUACAAAAAGGGAAGACAUAAGCUUUCUUUUUUUAGAUUAAGAUUAGUUUUUAUUUGUGGGAAUGCAUUCGUUCAUUUGCCCCAUCCAGUCAAAAUGAAUUGGACGUCUUGAGCGGUUAGUGGCAGCCAGUGAGUUAACAAGGUAAGCAACACAAAAAUGGCCCUGAAUUAGUCAGAAGUGACUGAAAAUCUCCAAUCUAUGACUCAUGGGAGAGCAAAGCAUCCCCAAACAAUUCCUCUAGAAAUUGCAUUUUCUACCAACAGUGUUUGUAUUAUUAAACCAUUAGAGAGGAAAAGUUCUUUCAUUUGUUUAUUUCUAUCUUUUAACUCUUAAAAGUCUUGGAAUGCGCCCACACUUCCUGCGUGCACGUCAUAUCUGAAGCCUCGUCACAUUGUAAUUACGUCACCCACCGUGCUGCUGGUUGGUCUCGUUUGAAAGUGCGGAAGUUGAGGUUCACUCUCGUUUUAGUUGAAGUAAAUCGACCAAGUAAAAUGGGAAAUAAUGUCAUUUGAGUUUUAUGGUUUUAUUGCCCUCAUAUAUAAACAUUAAAAUGCUGAAUGGACCGCAUGUUUGUCUCCAUAUUUCCAUCAUUUCUUGCCCUUUUUCAAAAUACGAAAGCACCACGAAAAACUACAUCUCAUAGGAGUCAUUGUGAGGCCACGAAGGACGGACGUGAUGUGAACAUUUUUAAUGUAUUGCCGGGCAAGGUGCCACCUAAUGGAAGGGAGGCAAGAUAGCGAGCAACGGCCGGUUGGAUUGAGCGAGCGACUUUGUGAAACGUGCUUCCUGAAUCGAAAACUAAAUUUAGAGCAAGCUAAUGCAUUAGUUCAUCAACUUAAGGAAGAGGAUGGGCCAGAUUUGUCAUUGUUUUCUUCGGAUGAGUUGGCGAGUGAGAAGAGUGACAGCAGUGCACAAAGGGCAGAAGGAGGACUGACACUCCCCUAAAGAGUGGGCUGUGUGACGUGGCCCUGUGUCUUGAUCCAGGGCAAAACUGAGUUGCAUGCCUGAAAAAAUUGAACUGGACUAGUUUAUUGUCAAAAUUUUUGAAUAUACUUUUUUUCAAUGUUAUAUUUGAAUGUUUUUUUUCUACAGUCAUUUGUAUGUGUGUUUUCGAGAAGCUUGAUUAUAUUUGUAUAGUUUUUAUAAGGUGGUGGAUGCAAUAACUAACCUCACAAACCCUUUUUGUGUUAAAUAUAUCAUUUUUUGUACUGUUGGUCUACUGUACUGUAUAUAACCUGUUUUGACCAUAGUUUGUGUCAAUGCCAAAAAUCUAAAACUAUUCAGUCACUUUUUUUCUGUUGAAUGGUUAUCCUAACAAGUU